ACUAGCCCCACCCGUCUCCCCGGCCCCGCCCCGCCGCUCGCCCUGUCGGGUCCCUCCACGGUCCCUUUGAUUCUCCGCGUCUUCCUCGCAGGCCAGCCUAACCUCAGCCUGCAUUGCGCCCUCCCGGCCUAGGGUGUCGCUGUACCGGCCUCCGAGCUCCACACAGACAAGUCCAGCGCUCGGGCGGGGGCAGGAGACAGAGCGGAGCGGCGGGGGGCGGUGUCGCCUCUGUCUAGGGACGGCGGCGGAGUCGGUGGUCCCUGCGCGAUGGCCACCUCGGUGUUGUGCUGCCUGCGGUGCUGCAGAGACGGCGGGACUGGCCACAUCCCUCUGAAGGAGAUGCCGGCCGUGCAGCUGGAUACGCAGCACAUGGGAACAGAUGUUGUUAUUGUAAAGAAUGGAAGAAGAAUAUGUGGAACAGGAGGUUGUUUAGCCAGCGCACCUUUACACCAAAACAAAAGCUAUUUUGAAUUCAAAGUCCAGUCCACAGGAAUCUGGGGUAUUGGUGUUGCAACUCAGAAGGUUAACUUGAAUCAGAUUCCUCUUGGCCGAGAUGUGCACAGUCUGGUGAUGAGAAAUGAUGGAGCCCUUUACCACAACAAUGAAGAGAAAAAUAGGCUGCCAGCAAACAGUCUUCCACAGGAAGGAGAUGUGGUGGGUAUUACAUAUGACCAUGUCGAGUUAAAUGUAUACUUGAAUGGAAAAAACAUGCAUUGUCCAGCCUCAGGUAUACGAGGGACAGUGUAUCCAGUUGUUUACGUUGAUGACAGUGCAAUUUUGGAUUGCCAGUUCAGUGAAUUUUAUCAUACGCCUCCACCUGGUUUUGAAAAAAUAUUAUUUGAACAGCAGAUCUUCUGAAUGUAUUUGUUUUUGAAACUUGUAUUUCUGCACUGUUAAAAAAUGUUUAUCAUUUAAUAAAACUUUACCUGGCCUAUAGAUGAAAAUAUAUUCUUAAACAUAUGCUUGUUGAUGCUGUCUAAGGAACCAGUGUAUUCAGUUCCUGAAUACCACCCUGAAGUUGUGAUUUGAAAUACUUUAUGUUUUGUGAAAUGAAAAGAAGCAUUUGGGCAGUUUAUUUAAUUCUUAUUUAAAUAAAUAGAACUAUGGGUUUAAUUAACAGUAUAACAUGGCUAUAUAUACAUAUAUAUAUAUUUAAAGGGGACUCUUUCUUACAUAAUAUAUUUGUUUUGAUAGAGAUACAGAGUUGGGUGGGUGUUUUUGUCACUCUGAAGUGUAGACCUCAUUCAGUAUUUUAGGUCUGCAGUUGGAUAAUCUUGCCACUUAGUGUCCUUUUUUAUAUACAAUAUAACAAAGUGAGAGAAAUUUAUGUUAUUGGCAAUUUCAUUUUUGGCAAUCUAUUUACUGUAUCAUGUACCACUUUCCUUAAAACUUAAAUUGCUUAUUUGUUGUGUGAUGUCGUUGCUUUUGAUUUGCUUUGUGAAAGGAGAUAAACGUUUCAGUAAUUGUCAGAGCAUUUUGUUGCCUCAGGCUGUAUUACCUCAAUUUCAGAGUAAGUAGUGGUUGAUCAGUAAUGUAGUAUACACUGGCAGACAUCUAGAAUAGUAUGAUGCUUUAUAUUUAAAUGACAUUAUUCUUUUAAGGACUUUUAUUUGUAUGUUUUCUGUAAGAAAUAAUAAAAUAAUUGUAAUUAAGGGAUAUGCCAUACUAUAUUAAACACAUUCUUCCUA